AUGGUGGAUCACUCCAGCCUCAAGGGUUCCUCCAGUCAGUCUGCUGCAGUCCAGAGUUCACAGAAGCAGUUUGCCUCUAGAUAUGGCACCCAGUUAGUGUCCUCUAAGCCAAUCACCCUGCAGGGAAGCACUUCUGGUGGAUCACUCCAGCCUCAAGUGAAUCACUAUCUCGCCCAAGGUUCCGCCAGUCAGUCUGCUGCAGUCCAGAGUUCACAGAAGCAGUUUGCCUCUAGAUAUGGCACCCAGUUAGUGUCCUCCAAGCCAAUCACCCUGCAGGGAAGCAAGUAUGGUGGAUCACUCCAGCCUCAAGGUACCACAAGUCAGUUUGCACCUGGGUCUCCAUCCUAUCCAAGUGAAUCAUUAUCCUUGCCCCAAGGUUCCUCCAGUCAGUCUGCUGCAGUCCAGAGUUCACAGAAGCAGUUUGCCUCUAGAUAUGGCACCCAAUUAGUGUCCUCCAAGCCAAUCACCCUGCAGGGAAGCAAGUAUGGUGGAUCACUCCAGCCUCAAGGUACCACAAGUCAGUUUGCAUCUGGAUCUCCAUCCUAUCCAAGUGAAUCACACUCCUUGCCCCAAGGUUCCUCCAGUCAGUCUGCUGCAAUCCAGAGUUCACAGAAGCAGUUUACCUCUAGAUAUGGCACCCAGUCAGGGUCCUCUAAGCCAUUCACCCUGCAGGGAAGCACCACCGAUGGUGGGUCACUCCAGCCUCAAGGUGUUGCUGACCAGUCCGGCCAAGCAGUUCAAAGCUAUUCUGGGUACCAAAGCCAAAAGUCUCAAAGAUGGCAGCCUUCACGAGGUAUUCAUGCCUCGGGUGGAGCUGCAUCAUGGGGUAGCUCUCUGUCUCAAAGCUCUCCAAUGCAGAGUUUCUUUUCUUCCCUGUCGUCAGCAGGAGGCUCAUCUUCAGCAUAUCCUGGACCAUUUGUUUCUGCACAGGGUGGUAGCAGCAGACAUGGUGGCAUUUCUCUUCAUUCUCAAAGCCCCUCUAGGAAGUACACUCCUGGGUCUCAUGCAUAUGCCAUGCUUGGUUCCUCUCCCCUAGCUGUUUCUAGCCAGUCUACCAGUGAUAAGUGGUCAAAUGGCCUGUAUAGGUCAGAGUCUCUGGGAACCCAGGGUCUCAUUGGUGUAAUUGAAAGACCCUCUAGGCUCUCGUCUCAAGCUCCUGACUCUACAAGCAGUAACCAAAUAUCUGAGCAUUUUGGGACCAUGAAACGCCCCACAGGUUCAAACCUAACUCCAUCUCUAGGCUUGAGUGCCCUAGAAUCAUCUGUUGGCAUGUUCUACAGUAUCCCACAGACUGCACAUGCACUACGUAACUCUGGGUCAGAUGUCCAGCUAAACAAUAAACCAUUCCUCAAUCAGCGAUACUCUGUAAAGGGCUAAGGAACUCUAUAAAACAGCUAUGUUAUGCAAAGUGUCUUCCAGAAUAAAAAAAAUCAAAUGUGUAACAGUUUUUUUUUCUUGUGCUUUUGUUUAUCCUACAUUCAAAGGAUAGAAAUCCAUGUUAGUUUAG